UCCGGCCAGUUCAGUGAAGACAUGAUUCCCACAGUGGGCUUCAACAUGAGGAAGAUCACAAAGGGCAACGUCACCAUCAAGCUGUGGGACAUCGGAGGCCAGCCUCGCUUCAGGAGCAUGUGGGAACGUUACUGUCGAGGGGUCAGCGCCAUUGUGUACAUGGUGGACGCAGCCGAUCCAGAGAAGAUUGAGGCCUCCAAGAAUGAGCUGCACAACCUUCUGGACAAACCACAGCUGCAGGGAAUCCCUGUUCUGGUUCUGGGCAAUAAGAGGGAUCUACCCGGAGCUCUGGAUGAGAAGGAGCUCAUAGAGAGGAUGAACCUGUCGGCCAUCCAGGACCGAGAGAUCUGCUGCUACUCCAUCUCCUGCAAGGAAAAAGACAACAUUGACAUCACUCUCCAGUGGCUGAUCCAACACUCCAAGACCAAGAGGACUUCCUGAGACAACAGCGAGACCGAACGGGCCGAUUCCCUCCACCCCGACCCCCCCUCUACCCCAUCACCCCCCUCACCCUCAGUCAUGGAGGCACUGAUACCCCGGGACGCUUGUUGAACGUUUAGUACUGUUUUUUUCUUUUGAAGAAGCUCCGUGUCAUGCAGGUGAACUCCAGAGGUUCUCGUCUGUCUGACGACCUUCUGUGGUUUCAAACCAAAGCACUUUCUCUCGGUUUCAGUCGUUGUUGUGAUUCUGGUUCUUAUAAUUCUGGCUUUUAUUUCUGCCCCUCACUCCUCUAUCGGUGAGGGAGAAACUGUAACUAGAACCCCGAGUUUUCCCGUCAGUGUAAAGGUCUGACGGAGAGAGGAACAUGUGGAAGGAGCAGAUAGUUCCACGUUAGGACGUCAGACCUGAGCGGCGUGUGCAGAAGAAAGGUCAAAGGGCAUGGCUGCAGUAUACCAGCACAAAAGAAGCAACUACUAGUGUAUUUAUGCAGGUGGAAAAGGUGUGUGAAGCAGCGCGGUCUGCAGACAUGUGACCUGAAAUCAGAACAAGCACAAACGUCUGCAGGAAGCCGCUCAAACUCCGGGGGUGUCGGUGGUAUCGGUGCGUCUUCACUUUCAUCAGGAAGCAGGAAGUUCUCCUUUCUAAAGGUGAUCGUGUCUGACAGCACUGCUGUACUCUAGUCACCACUACAGAGGAUGCGUUCACAAAUACUCUGGAAAUCCUCCUCCUCUCUGAUCUUCAUCCUUUCUUCUCAUCAUCUCACCCUGCUAUCGUCCUCUCCUCCCUGGUUGCCAAGCCCCGCCCCUCGCCGUCUUUCUCUUGACGAGUGAGGGAUGAAGAACAUGAUUGCACUCUUAAUUUUGAUUUUGUAAGAUAUUGAUGAGAAUAAUGUUAACAAAUGUCUUCUUGUGAGAUAACAUGUCUGGAGGUGGUACUUUAACUGGAGGAGGGCAAGUGUUAGAGUUUUGUUCAUAUUUCUGUAAUAAGCUUUUUAUGACUUUGUUUUUUAUUUUUGUUUUUUAUUUGGUGACGUCAUGAAUCGACUUUGGUUGUGUAACCAGAGUUCAGUGUUAAAUCCUCUGAUCUGUCUGCUGACGGGACCAGGGCUGCUGUGGGAGCUCAUGCAACUUUUACAUCUUGUCAAACUAACUGAAGCUUUGUAAUCAGAUUAAAUUUUUAAUUUAAGCUGUUUUUAUUUGAAACAUGCGGACGUGUUUUCUUUCUUCAUGAGUGAUGAUGACGCUGUAAAUGUUGGGGAGAGCUGGAAGUGACCUGCUCACACUAAAGAAGACCUUUCUAUACGUU